GACGCCAAUAGACCAACUGCCAUGGAAUUCGCUUCUUGUUCAAUUCUCAGAGCUCAGCCAUUUUCAACCUUCAUUCUUCCCGCCAACGCCAGCAACAGCCACUUGUGUGCUUCAUGGCCUUCAUCCAAGCACAAUCUCAGCUUGGCCCUUCCAUUUUUCUCCUCUUUCCCGAGAAAUUCGACUUUCCCGGGAAAAUGUCAGCACUGCGAUCGUUUCACUGCUUUCAGCUCGAUUUCCGGCUCCCAGGACCAGAAUCCAUCUCAGAAACUCGCAGUUCUUCUUGAAGUUGACGGGGUCCUUAUGGAUGCAUACCGCUUGGGGAACCGACAAACCUUCAAUGCAGCAUUUCGAAAGCUUGGGCUUGACUGUGCAAGUUGGACAGAACCUGUUUAUCUGGACCUCCUGAGGAAGAGUGCUGGUGAUGAGGAAAAGAUGCUGAAUUUGUAUUUCAAUCGGACUGGUUGGCCUAGUUCAUUGCCCACAAGUGAGAAGGCGUCAUUUGUGAAAAAGGUUCUGCAAAACAAGAAAAUUGCUAUGGAUGAGUUUUUGAUGUCAGAAAGUUUACCUUUACGACCUGGAGUUGAAGAAUUUAUCGAUGAUGCAUACAACGAAGGAAUACCUGUGGUCAUUCUGACAGCCUAUAGUAAGAGCGGGGAUGAAAUUGCCAGAUCAAUUGCUGAAAAGCUCGGCCAGGAAAGAAUUUCAAAGCUAAAGAUCAUUGGAGAUAAGGAGGUUGAUCAGAGUUUGUAUGGCCAAUUAGCAAAUAGUAAUGACUUUUCUUCUGGUAUGGAUGAGCAACUAGCAAAGGAGGCAAUAAAAGCAGUUUCUGCUGAGAAACAAAGGAUUGCAGAGGAGGUUGCAUCAUUGCUAAAGCUGAAUGUAGAGAUUGAUACUACCCCAUCUGAAAGCUUAGAGAAGGUCAUUGCUACCUUGCGGGCUGGGGCAGAAAAUGCUGGACUACCAGUAUGCGAUUGUGUUCUUAUUGCAGGAAGCCAGUCUGGUGUAACAGGAGCUGAGCGAGUGGGCAUGCCAUGUGUUGUUUUAAGAAGCAGUUUGACGGCUCGAGCUGAGUUCCCUUCAGCAAAUGCAACAAUGGAUGGGUUUGGAGGAGCAGACCUGACCAUCACUAAACUACGUAACAAGAGAGGGUCAUGAAAUCGAAUCUUGUUCUGUUUUCUGUGAACCUAUUAACAGAGCGGCAUUUUUGUUCCCAAAGAGAUCUGUUAAAAGGGUUAAAACAGAAUUACAUGCUAAUCUGCAUUCUUGUAAUUUCUUCACCUUACAAUAGCUCUUUUAGUUUCUUAAUAGCUACUGCGUGCAAUAUAAAAAGCAGUCAACUUCUGAUGUCAAUUGUUCAGCAAUGCCUGAUGAUGAG